GUUGCCGACGCGACGCGGCCAUAGGCGCUUUAUUCCUCAAUUGUUGUUCUGCGGCGUCGUACGUGAGCGCGGACUGAAGCAUCGUCGAAUCUCAAUUUCAAUCCGUAUCUGAAUCUGAAUCGCAGCGUUUAGUGUCUCUGUCGGUUGUUCCCACGUAAAAAGUCAACGGCCACGACUACGGCAUCGGUUUCAAAGUCCUUCUUCCUUCAUCCUUCAUCAAACGCAUAUCCAAGUGAAUGCUUGAAUGCUUGAAGGGAAAGUGUCAUAAAGCGUGCGAUUAUCCUGUAAACAAAGUGUAAAACGCGCACAGAGCAACAACAGAACAGCAUCCCCCCGCGUCAACAACAACAUCCACAUCCACAUCCAGGAGUUCCAGCGCCAGGUCCUGCUCCAAAUAAAACCCAUUUACCAUUUGGACUGCAUGAAAAGCGGGAAAGCGGAAAGAACAAAAGCAAACAGCGAACGAAAACGGAAUCAUAACAGGGGAACGGGAACUGGAACGGGAACCCCUGUCGGAUUCAGGAUUUUUACGACCUGAGCAAUCAAUUCUGCUGAGUUGUGCGUUUCUGCUGGUCAAGGGACCUCCCUUCCGCCUGGUAUCCGCCCCCACCCACGAGAACAGCACUAUUGGAAUUUGGAUCUGAGCACAUCGUAUAAUGGUUGCCCAAGUGAGAUGACGCCACUGCCACAAGUGAGAAGGAGGAUACGUUAGUGGCGGCGGCAUUGACUAUGGGAACAGAGGCAUGGGCGUGUGUGCGGACCUUGGGUCUCAUCGAUGCUGUCGGGCAUUGAGCCACAUCCAGCCACAGCCACCAAAGCAGCAACAACAAUCCCCAUACCAGCUCCCAAUAAGCGAGGGCUCUCCAGCAGCAGCAGCGCCAGAACCAGCAGCAGCAGACUCAGCCACGAUUCCAUCUACCACGACGCUGACGGCAUCGCCAGCGAAAACGGCUGCAUUCACAGUGAAAACAACGAGGAGAAGAGGACGAAGACGGCUAGACGGCGGAGGGGACGAGGAAGUAGAUGCCGCCAUCGCCAGCUCAAACUCCAACCCCAGCGCCAGAUCGAGCCCAAUCUCGAGCUCAGGACCUGCCACCAGAUCGAUACAAGUUUUCAAAUUUGUGCUGAUUUCGUUGCUUUCCCUACUAGCGGAAAAUUCACAAGCGCACAAUAUUCCAGAAGAUGCUGUGCACAUCACGGCCAUACUCGGCGAAGGCGUCAUCUUCAACUGCCAUGUGGAGUUCCCCAACGACCAUCCGGUGCCAUAUGUCCUCCAGUGGGACAAGAAGGUGAGCGAAACGGGCUCCGAUCUGCCCAUAUACAUCUGGUAUGAGAGCUAUCCGGAGCACAUCGAGGAGGGCUACAAGGGACGGGUGUCGCGCGUCUCGCAGGACUCGCCCUUCGGCAGCGCCUCGCUCAACCUCACCAACAUCCGGGAGUCCGAUCAGGGCUGGUACGAGUGCAAGGUCGUCUUCCUGAACCGCGAUCCCAAGCAGCACAAGAACGGUACAUGGUUCCACUUAGACGUACAUGCACCGCCGCGCUUUAGUGUUACGCCCGAGGAUAUUAUAUACGUUAAUUUAGGUGAUUCAAUUAUACUCAAUUGCCAGGCUGAUGGCACACCGACCCCGGAAAUACUCUGGUACAAGGAUGCCAAUCCCGUCGACCCCUCGCCCACGGUGGGCAUCUUCAACGACGGCACCGAGCUCCGGAUCUCGACCAUACGGCACGAGGACAUCGGAGAGUACACUUGCAUUGCACGCAAUGGUGAGGGGCAAGUCUCCCAUACGGCCCGUGUUAUAAUCGCGGGCGGCGCUGUAAUCAUGGAUAAGGCCGCGCCCGACAAGCACGCACGCACCAAGUCCCAGGCGAAUGCCAUCAAUGAGAGAUUUGCUAUAAGAGUGCCGCCCACCAACCAAACGAAGCUCGAGGGCGAAAAAGUGAUAUUCUCAUGCGAGGCUAAGGCGAUGCCCGGCAACGUGACCGUCCGCUGGUUCCGCGAGGGAUCGCCGGUGCGCGAGGUCGCGUCGCUGGAGACCCGUGUCACCAUUCGCAAGGACGGAUCCCUCAUCAUCAACCCCAUCAAGCCGGACGACUCGGGCCAGUACCUGUGCGAGGUGACCAACGGCAUCGGCGAUCCGCAGAGUGCCUCCGCCUACCUCAGCGUCGAAUAUCCUGCCAAGGUCACGUUCACGCCAACGGUGCAAUAUCUGCCCUUCCGGCUGGCAGGAGUCGUCCAGUGCUACAUCAAGUCGAGUCCCCAGCUGCAGUACGUGACCUGGACGAAGGACAAGCGCCUGCUGGAGCCCUACCAGAUGAAGGACAUCGUGGUGAUGGCCAACGGGUCGCUGCUCUUCACGCGCGUCAACGAGGAGCACCAAGGCCAGUACUCCUGCACGCCCUACAAUGCCCAGGGCACGCACGGCGCCUCCGGCUUCAUGGACGUGCUGGUCCGCAAGCCGCCGGCCUUCACUGUGGAGCCUGAUACGCUCUACCAGCGCAAGGUCGGCGACAGCGUCGAGAUGCACUGCGACGCCGUCGAGGCGGAGGGCACCGAGCGGCCCACCAUCAAGUGGCAGCGCCAGGAGGGCGAGCAGCUGGCCGACUCGCAGCGCAACCGCAUCAAGAUCUCCGGCGGCAACAUGACCAUCGAGAACCUGCGGCGCGAGGACUUUGGCUACUACCAGUGCGUCGUGUCCAACGAGGUGGCCACCUUGAUGGCCGUCACGCAGCUGGUGAUCGAGGGCACCCAGCCGCAUGCCCCCUACAACAUCACCGGCAAGGCCACCGAGUCCUCCAUCACGCUCCAGUGGCUGCCCGGCUACAGCGGGGGCUCCGAGUACAAGCAGGACUACACGAUCUGGUUCCGCGAAGCGGGCGUCAACGACUGGCAGACCAUCUCGGUGACGCCCUCGGGCAGUACCCAGGUGACCAUCAACGGCCUGGCCUCCGGCACCACCUACGAGUUCCAGGUGGUGGGUCGCAACGUCCUCGGCGACGGGAUGAUGAGCAAAGUGAUGACCGUGCGGACGCUGGACCUUUUAGCAUAUUUUGACAUUUUCUUUCACACCGAUUCGCGGGGCAAGCUAGUUUAUUCGCCACCCAGAUUGAGAGUGAAAGGUCCAAAGCCCGGCCCCCCACGGAACGUGUCCGUCACGGAGGUGUCCAACGGAUUCCUCAUCACGUGGCAGUCGCCGCUGGAGCGGGCGCACAUCGUCAAGUUCUACACGAUUAAGUACCGCACGGACGCCCAGUGGAAGACGUUGAACCGCGGACAGAUACGGCCGGAGGAGACGCAGUAUCUAGUGAAGAACCUGGUGGGCGGACGGACCUACUACUUCCGGGUGCUGGCCAACUCGGAGAAAUCGUACGAGUCCAGCGACGAGGUGAAGUUCCCCGUGCCGGCACGUGUCAAGCAUAAAGCUAUAACCGCCGGCGUCGUUGGGGGCAUCCUGUUUUUUAUUGUUGCGAUCAUUUUAUCGGUUUGUGCCGUAAAAAUUUGCAAUAAACGUAAACGACGAAAACAGGAAAAAGAGUUCAACAUGGUAGCUUGCAGGAUAACGGACGCUCGUAACAUUGCAGCCAAUGCAGCCAAUAAUCAUCAUCAUUUGCAUCACAAUCGCAGUACGGGCUCAAUUUCCUCUGGUCAAGUGCCUUUAAAAAAGUACAAACAAACCCGAAUAUCAAGUCUAACCGCCAUACUGAUUGCCAUUCUCCACUGGAUCUGGCCACCCGAUCGCUGCACCAACUGCCACUCCAUCUACAGCUCCCCCACGACCCUCGACGACUGCGACACAGGAACUGCCACUGGGAGGCGCUCUGUGAGCCGCAUUCAGCGCAGCCUCGAUGGCCGCUUUGUCUUGGAUGUGGAUGGAUCCAAGAUACAGGGCUACACGCUGGACAACAACAACAUCGACGUAGUGGAUGGAGCGCUCUUUGAGCGCCGCAACAGCAACGUCUCCCAGAAGUCCUCCAGCGACGAUGGCGGCUUCCUCUCGCGGCGCAACUUCAUCACAGCACGGGCCUCCUGGCGUCGUCCCCUCGUGGCCUCCUCCAGCCAGCUGAGCCUGCAGUCGGCGGCGGACUCGGCGCGCGGCUUCCUCCAGGGCUUGGGCGGUCUGCUCAAGAUCGGGGGCAAGCCACAGCACCAGCCAGCGCACUUUGAGGACGCCAUCAGCGGUGCCCGCUACCAGAACGUGCUGCGGCCUGCAUACAACAGCAGUGGCAGCCACAAUCUGUACGGGAAUGCGGACAGGAGCCGUCCGCUGCACAUCAACACCAUCAGUGGGGCCUUGGGCCUGGGCCAGCAGCAACACCUCCUCUCGCCGCACCACUACACCCCCUCUAGGAUCUCGCGCAUCUUCUCCAGCUCCCCGGCGAUGAGCCACCUGCACCACCAGCAGCAGUUGCUGCUGAGCGGCGGCAGCAGCGGCUACCCGACGCACUUCAGCGACCUCAGCACCGUCUAUCCGCCGAACUCCGCGGAGCGAUCCCACAACAGCGGAGUGGGAGGAAAUCUCAGCAGUCGCUAUCGCUACUACUCGCAGGAGCUGCCUUCGUUGAGAACCAUCCAGGAGGAGACCCGCCGCCAGCAGCAGCAGCAACAGCAACAGCAACAACAGCAACACCAGCAGCAGCAGCCACAGCAUCCGCUGGAGGAGCACUUCGUGCCGCUGCAGCUCCCGUCGCCGCCGUCAUGGAGGAGCUACUACCACGGACAGCUGCCGUAUCACAGCUACAGGCCGCGCACGCGCUGGUAUCCGCGUCACUACUCCCGCCUCUUCAGCCGCCAGCAGCACGAGCUGCUUUCGCCCCUCCCCGAUCUGAAUCUCUCCCUGCGCAACAGCGUGGGCGUGGGGGGGAGUGCAGGACUGGAGGCCUCGCCCGAGUCCCGCAGCAGCUCGAGUGGCUUUGGCUCGAAGAACACCUCCAAUCACCCGGGCAGUACCAGCGAGUGGCGGCUGCUGCCACCGUACCGUGCCCCACCCUCGCCGCCCAAGCACUUGGGGUACUUUGGGGCGGGAGGAUUGGAGGGCAGCCAGCAGGCCCAGGGCCAGACGCCGCACUCCGCCUACUCGUCCUAUCCGCGGACCAACACCCCGCCGUACACAAUGGCCCACUGGCUGGAAAUGAUCUCAAGACUGAACGCGGCCACGGACAGCAACCUGCCUGCCCCCAAGGCACCGUGCCCCGUGGACGUCGGCAGCGUCGAUGGCCACUACGAAUUCGACCCCGCCACACCCACGCCUAGCGCCUCUACGCCCACGGGCAUGGGAAUGCUGCGCGAAGAUCUCAACCAUCUGCACAUCGAUACGCAAUCGCAUCCGCACUCGUUCCAUCCACAUCUGCAUCAUCACCACACCUUGGGGCCUCUGAGUGGCAGCCUGCUGCACGCCCACGCCCCCUCUGGAUAUAGCGGGGGUUCCGGGAAUCGCAAGCUGCGCACCCUGCCCCUGCAACACCAGCUACCGGCGCGCUACGACAACGUGGAGGUGCGCCUGCAGGCGAUGCGAGAAGAGUUCUACGCGUACCGCAAGCGACAGGCCAUGCAGCAGGCGGGAGUGCCGCCCGAAAUGGAGAGCGUUUGCUGAGUGACGGCCCCAGACUCCAGAGUCCAGACUCCAGUCCAGUCCAGUCAAGCAUUUAAUUAAGUCCCACAUGGCAUCAACACAUCCCCACAUGCACAUACCCAUGAAAUGCGCCUCAAUGACAAUGCAACGGCAAGCACCGCAACUACGAUGCAUCCAUCCCAUCAGAGACAGACCCAUCAUAUGCAAGUCGCAGGGGAUACGGGAGACGGAUGAGCAGCCGCAAGCAGCAUGCCAUUGCAAUCAACAUUCAACCGCAUACGUAGAUGAUACAUGAUACAUGAUACAUAGAUGAACAUCGGAUCAGGCCACACAUCUGUGCACGCGUACAGCCAUGCCCUUGCCACACAUGCCCCUCCCCCCCACCCUCAUCAUAGAGAUCCCUCAGAUAUGAACUUUAAAAGUUACCUACCCCCAAAGAGAACCCAAGCAAUGAAACAAUUAGUAGAUUUUACGGGAAGACAGAGAGAGAGAGAGAGAGGGAGAGAGGGAGAGAGAGAAGCCAAGUGAAUUCCACGCGAGAUUUGUAAAUACUUUGAGAAGGAGGAGGAGCAGGAAAUGGAGAUAGAGAUAGGGAUAGAGAGGGGGAUGCAGAUGCAGAGAGGAGCCGAAAGUUUAAGUAUAAUAUUUAAAACCUAUAGCAAUUAUAAUCGAUAAAAGAUACAAGA